CCGAUUCAUCUUGGCAUCUGAUUUUAUUCUAAUGGGUUAAAUUGGGUUCACUUUUACAAUUACCCCAGGUUUGACUGCGUAGUAUUGCAUGACAACUCACAGUUUCAUCGGGUUUGGCAAAGCGAGGUUGCUCCAUGAAUCCGUAUAUCAUAUCACAUCAGAUCAGGCUGAAGUUUGCUGUUUAGCGACUCCAUUUGAGAGGCUUUUUAUGAAAGUGGGAAGGGUUGAUGCCGUCCAUGGCUGGUUCAGUGCGAUUUGAAAGGAAAAAAAAUGUGGCGAGAUGGCAACAACACGGGGUUUGCUGCUCAGCUGUGAAUAAGCACAGAACGAAAAAAACGACAUGAUGGGGGAACGCUCAGCUUGCUGCAGUAUUUUUAGCAGCCUCUCAGUCCUCGCCUUUUUUUAAUUUCCUAAUAUGUUCUUUGCUUUAUUAGUUUUAUUUACAACCAGCUCCCCAUUAACACCUCACCUGAUUACUGAGGAGCUGAGACAGCUAAUCAAGAAAAUCCAGCAAACCAGCCAAAAUUGAGAGGUGGGAUUAAUUUUUGCUUUCAUUCAUUCUUCUUCUUUAUUUAUCUAUUUGGGUUUUGGAAAAGAUUUCGAAACAGAAAAUAAAAGGCAGGUAUAAGUGUAUGGGAGAGGUCAGAGGUUAGAAAUCCACGUCAAUUCUAUAUUAGAGGCUAUGGAGGGGAGGGGGGGGGGGGAAUCUUUCCACCAAGCAGCUUGUUUAUUUUAAUUAACAUAGGGAUCCUCUGCUAGGAACAAGGAACAACCUCCAUCUACUGGCUAGAUCAUUGCGUCUCUUCUCCAUCCAAAACCCAUCCCUCAUCACUCAUUAAGGAGGGUACAAUUUUGGAAGAAGCUUCUAAGGUCUCAAGGUAAGAACUGGUCUGCCAACAUUAGGAUAUUGAUCAGAAAACGUCUGGGAAAGCCCUGGCCUCGUACUGGAGCAGCAGUAGCUAGUAGCAUAUCCCUAACCGUACCUGGUGGAGCAGAAAGGAAGGACCCUCUAAUUAAUUAAGUGUGCCCAACCGGAGGAAGUUCAGUCAUUUCGGACUUUGGUUAUGAAUCUGCCCAGGUAUUCCUAACGGCGCCGUCGAGCUCAGCCAUGCUUUUCCACGGGAUCUCCGGAGGCCACAUCCAAGGAAUCAUGGAGGAGAUGGAGAGGCGAUCCAAGACCGAGUCCCGCCUGGCCAAAGGGGGACAAAUGAACGGCCGAGAAACGAACAUGCCCCCAAUGAGCCCCGAGAAGCCUGCUUUGUGUGCUGGUUGUGGAGGGAAGAUCUCAGACAGAUAUUACCUGCUGGCUGUUGACAAACAAUGGCACCUCAGGUGUCUUAAGUGCUGUGAAUGUAAACUGGCUUUGGAGUCAGAACUCACCUGCUUUGCCAAGGACGGCAGUAUUUACUGCAAGGAGGAUUACUACAGAAGGUUCUCUGUGCAGAGAUGUGCCCGCUGCCACCUUGGGAUCUCAGCCUCUGAAAUGGUCAUGAGAGCCAGGGAGUCGGUUUAUCACCUGAGCUGCUUCACCUGCACCACCUGCAACAAGACUCUGACCACGGGGGAUCACUUUGGCAUGAAGGACAACCUGGUUUACUGCAGGGCCCAUUUCGAGUCCCUUUUGCAAGGAGAAUAUCCCCCACAGCUGAGCUACACCGAGCUGGCUGCCAAGAGUGGAGGGCUGGCCCUGCCCUACUUCAACGGCACGGGCACGGUCCAGAAGGGCAGGCCGAGGAAACGAAAGAGUCCUGCCUUGGGAGUGGACAUCGUCACCUACAACUCAGGUUGUAAUGAGAACGAGGCAGAUCACCUGGACAGAGACCAGCAGCCUUAUCCCCCUUCCCAGAAGACAAAGCGCAUGCGCACCUCGUUCAAACACCACCAGCUUCGUACCAUGAAGUCCUACUUUGCUAUCAACCACAACCCAGAUGCCAAGGACCUCAAGCAGCUUGCCCAGAAAACAGGGCUGACCAAGAGAGUUCUGCAGGUUUGGUUUCAAAACGCAAGAGCCAAAUUCAGAAGGAACCUUUUGCGGCAGGAGAAUGGGGGUGUCGAUAAAGCUGAUGGCACCUCACUACCGGCACCGCCCUCAGCAGACAGCGGCGCACUCACUCCACCCGGCACUGCGACCACUUUAACAGACCUGACCAAUCCCACUAUCACUGUAGUGACAUCAGUGACCUCUAACUUGGACAGCCACGAAUCCGGGAGCCCCUCACAAACUACCUUAACGAACCUUUUCUAACAUUUCAGUUUGGUUUAUUUUUUUUUUAAUUCUUACUUUUCAUUAUUAUUAUUAUAAUAUUAUUAUUAUUUUCAAGCCUUUUUUUUUUCUUUUUUUAAUAACAAACCCACAAAAUAUUUGGGAAAAUAAGCAGCUUCAUGUGUAGCAUCUGCAGCCACUUGGCAAAUGAGUUUGAAGUAAUAUAUUGCUAUAAUAAAUGAACAUUUAUUGUUGUUAAAUUGUACUCAAAUUUUUUAAAUUCAUCAAGUAACUGAAGAGAAGGUUAUGAAGCAUUCUAAUAAGUGCCUCUUAAAAUUGUAUAUUACUUAUUUCCAGUACCUUGAGAAAAAUGAGUAUUGCCACUUAAAAAAAGAGUCUUUUCCCUCCUUGAUAAUCAGAUAGGAAUCAGUUUAAUUGUAGCCAAAACAAUGCUGCUUCAGGAUUGAAUAUUUACUUACAGCAUUUAAGAACCCCAAAUUUUACUUAAUUUUUAUAACACAUCUGAAAGUUUUCAAAUGCUGAAAAAUAAAUACAAAAUGAAUUAAAGUUCUCAUUGGAAUAGUCAGACUGGUUGUGCAGUGCUUUUUUCCAAGGCACUAGUCACAAGCCUGAUCCUUCCUGAGCACUGGGGAUUCUUACUGGGAUAGCUAAAUUCUCCUCUGCCAGUUCUUCACCCAGCUGGAAUGUCCCUGGCCACCACUGAGAGCUGUGACUGAGUGGAGGGUUUGGAGAGAGAGACCCAGUGAUGAGCGUGCAUGUGGGUGAGGAUGGCAGGCUCAGGCUAUUGGCCUCCAAAGUUGUGUCCUGUACGAGAACAAGGCAAGGAGGCAAGAUCCGGAAAACACUGGAUACAAAAUGAGCUCACUCCUGUAUAUGUUAAAGUAAUGACAGCAGAAUAACAGUUCAAGUGAGGAGUCCUACUGAUUCAAAAUAUUGCAGAGGGAGGGGUUUUCAUCUUUUGUCAAGCAGCUCUGAUUUGGAAUGAAAAAAAAAUUAGAACAGUUCACUACAUGGCCUUGAUACUGUACCAUUAAAGCAAACAGGAGGUUGCCCACCUACUUUAGUGAGCACAUAAAUAAUUUCCCAGAAGAAGUGUGCAUGUGUGCUAAGUGACUUUUUGAUAAAUCAUACUUUUUUUCAGGGAAAAUGGAAAUAAGCAAAAUAUAAUUUAAUAAGAUGUUUAAGGAAAAUUAUCUCAGCACAAUUUAUACAUUACUAUUUUGAAUUUACUUUAGAUAUUUCCUGAGAUUGUAUCAGACACUAUGUUUAACACAUGAACUUAAAAUCUUUUGUUCAUUAAUAUCUCUAACAUAUACUUUAACUUUUUAAACUUUUUAUUACAGAAAAAAAAAAGCUAGCAAAAAUUCUUACAAAAAUGGGAAUUGGCAGUGAAUAAUUUCAAAGCAGAUAAACUCAGAAGCCUUGUGGAUGCUGAUCUGAAUACAUUUCUUAGUUUACAAUAGUGAUCUUUCCUUUUUUAAUUUUAUUUAAGCUAAAAGUCUGAAUGGUCUGGGCAGUGGUGAAUGUUCAUUUGUAUCCUUUUAUUGUAGUUGAACACCAAUUAGAUUGUGGAGAGUCUCAGAAACAAAACCGAACAAAAAUCAGUCAAGAUCUAUGUCUUGCUUUUAGUGGAUUGUUAAGAAUAACUUUGCACAUAUAUCCCACUUUUUAGACACCAUCAAAUCUCUUUUUUUGGUGGUCAAAGUGGCUAUUUAAUAUAUUUUAAAGGUGUCCUUUUUGGCUGUAUAAAUGUGUGGUUACAUAUUGACAGUUCACUGCCCACAUUAAAGUGCAUUAUUGUAAUUUUUGCUCAGGGUUUUUAGAAAAUUAGCACAGAAAAGUAGCUUAUUUUUAAAAAAAGAUGAUGGAAGAGAUGUUAACACUGUAAUAGAAGAAAGGUGUGUUUGCCAUUAUAUAUUUAGCAAGUAUGGUUAUCAUCUUCUACGGAUAUUAAAUCUUGACUUUUCCUAUUUCUAUUACCUUAUGGGCAUUUACCACUAACCAGACCAAACGACCUUGGUAAGGCUGAGAUCUUUAUUAAUACACUUUUACAGGUAAAAAUAUUGAUACUUAUAAAUUUUGUUCUUUGACAGAACAAUAUAUGGUACUAGAGAUCUACUUUAUUAAGUAGACUAAUUAAAACUCAGUUCUACUAUGUGCCUUAUGAUAUACCUUGGGAGUAAGUUUGUGAAAAAUCAGGAUAUAUGUGUUGUUUGUUAAAUUAACUGUUUUAAGCCCUUUUGACACCUCACUAGUUUUGUACUGUUUUACCUCUUAUUUCUGAAACUCUUUUUAUGGUGUAUCCUGUUAGAGGGGACAAACAUGUCAUAGAAAGCAGUUGUGCACUCUUUCAGAUAUAGUUGAUAAAUCCAAUAAUCUUAUAUAUUGAGCUUCGUGUUUAUAGUACAGUAAGUGGUCUAGCAAAAUUGUCCAUGUUUCUUUGUUUAUUGAUAAAUGCAUUGUAUAGAAACUAUUUCCCCUAAAUAUUUAUGGACCAAACAAUUGUGAUAUAUCCUAUUAAAUUUGUGUGAAUAAACCAUUUUGAAUCUAA